UUUCAAAAAUGGCUGCAAAUCGACGGAAGCAAGAUGAUAAAAAUUUAGAAAUUUUACGUGAAUUAAUCUCUUUGAAUGGUAACAAAUAUUGUUUAGAUUGCAACCAAAGAGGGCCAACUUAUGUUAAUACCACGAUCGGAUCCUUUGUCUGUUCGAAAUGUUCGGGAAUGUUGCGUGGCCUUACUCCGCCUCAUCGUGUAAAGUCAAUAUCCAUGGCUACUUUUACUCCAGAAGAGAUCGAUUUUAUUAAAACUAGAGGUAACGACUACUGCAGGCGUGUGUGGUUAGGCCUUUACGAAGGUGAAAGUGUUAACUUUACAGACGAACAAAGCGUAAAAGAUUUUAUGUCAGAUAAAUAUGAAAAGAAACGUUACUACUUGGAAUCCCAAGCAAAUGCUGUUGUCAAUGGUAAUUCAUCUUCAAUAACUAAUAAAUCAAAAGUUAAAACUGCUGGCACGACGCCUCUAAUAUCUAUAUCACCUCAGUCUUCAAAGAGUGUGGUUAACAAUAAUGCCAUGUUAAAUGCUUCAAAAGCUGCCAAUACUUUUCUGGCGACAGCAAAUGAACCCAGUAGUAAAUUAGCUCGUCCAGUUAGUAAUUAUCCACAGCCUGUACUGAUGAACAUAAAUUUACUAGCAAAUGCUCCACCUGCUCCUGAUUUUCCAGUUGAUUUUUCUACUGCAACCAUCUACAAUAGUAGUCAAGUGAACAAUAAUGUGGAUAACCAUUUUGUAACACCUCCUGCAAGUGUACCAACUUUUAAUGCUUUUUGUUCACCUUCUUCUUCUACAAAUGAUAGAUAUGCUGCCCUUGCAGAUUUAGAUUUGGCCUUAAGACAACAGAAUAUGAAAAAUAUGGAAGAGACCCAUAGUGUUAAUAAUAAAAACCCAUUCCAAAGUUCAUCUACCAAUGACCUGUUUGUUAAUAAAAAUCCAUUUUUUAAUGGUGGAUGGAGUUCUUCAACACAAGUUCCAGUUAAUCCAUUUAUGCCACCAGUGAACAAUGGAGGAUUUGUUAAUUCAAAUAAUCCAUUUCUGUAAAUCAAGAUGCUGAAAAAUUGGAUCCAGAAUUGAAGAACAAAUUAUGCAACUUAAAGCACAAAUCAAGCUACAAAGUUAUAUAUUAUUAAUAAAUUAUAACAUAGAUAAAGUAAUAAUUUAUAGUUCAUGUUUUGCCAUAGUGGUAAUCUCCUUUUUAUUAUUACUUGUAAACAUAACAUCUAUAAUGGUUGUAAAAUUAAGUGCCUCAAUCUAACAUUAAUUAUUGUGAUCAAAAAUAUUAGGAUUUAUGACAUCAUACAUAAUUUAAAUUGGUUUUAAUGACAUUACUUAUUUUAGAUAUUGAUGAAAAUACUGGUCGUAGCUUUACUCCAAAUUAAUUAUUAAUAAUUAUGUAUUUAUUUAUAGGAAGUCUUAAAGGCAUAUGCGGUUUAAAUGUUGUGACUUUUUUAAUGAUUUCUUUUGCUUGAUAUUUGUUUAGUUGUUGCGUACAAUCCAGGUCUAAGUAAUGUUUAUUAUUAGAUAAUUUUAACGCAUUGAACAUUGGUAAAGUAUAAUUUAUUUGAUUGGAGUCAUAUUAAAAAACGAAAGUUUGGUGCAAAUCAGUGACUAUUGUUUGUUCUGUUCCAAGAAAAACAAUAGUUUGAUCUUAAAAGUCAUAUCUAUAUAAAAUUAUUGUACCUACUAAUUGUUAUAAUGACAACAAUGAUGUUUUAGAAUAUUGAUUGACACCUUUUAACAUACUUAUGAGUAGUCAAGCAUCUAAGAUCACUAAACAGUGGGACUGCAGUUCCAGUUGGUAAAUUUAUCUCGCAAUUAGGACUGCGAUCCUAGUUUUGAAAUGGUCUGUCACUUAAUUACGUAUAUUUACAAUAAUAGAGUAUUUAUAAAGUACCUGGUAAUUACUGAGCAAAUGAGUCUUGAAACAAGUCAUGUAGACUUAACUAAUGCGCUGGUUUAGUGUGCCUUAUUUUGAAACUGAAUUUAGAAAUCUAAGUACAGACUAACUUACAUCGCCUACUAGUCACAUAAUAGUAUGACGUUUGCAUUGUAUUAAAUUCCCUAAUAUUAUAAUUUCGACGUGAUAAUGAACUGGUGUCAUCUCAGGGUAUUUCAAUAAUAGCAUGAUAUGAAAUUCCUAAUAAUGCGAAUGUGACUCAAUUCCCUAUUUUAAUUCAGCUUUAUGAAAUGUAAAGUACCCAUUUAUUAUUUUUGUUAUAGAUAAAUUAUAAUUACUUUGACAUACAUAUUGAAUUGAGCUCUCAAACUUGUAUUUCAUCUGUGAUUGUAAUCAGUAAUUUUAUUUUUAAUUGCAAUGAGCUAAUUUGAACAAAUCUUAUUUUUAAUCAAUGCACUUUGCUAUUUAUUUAGUUUUAGUUUUUUUUUUUAUUAUUUUACUAUUUGAGCACUAAGAUCUGUUAAUGUACCUAUAGAAGUUGUAAAAAUUAAUCACUAUUAAAUAUUUUUUUAC